AUGGAACUGCUGGUGGAUAUGAACAGCGUGCCCUUGGGUUUGCAGUACAGCUCUUUUACCACCAAGCCACACGAGCUCCCUAAGAAGGCCUUUGAGCCCUACUUUGAGAUUUUGGAAGUAUACUCCAGGAAAGCCAAGAAUUAUAUAAACGGGCACUGCACCCAGUAUGAGCCCUGGCAGCUAAUUGCGUGGAGCGUCCUGUGGACCCUGCUGGUCAUCUGGGUGUAUAAUUUCGUCUUCCAGCCAGAGAGCUUAUGGUCAAGAUUUAAAAAGAAAUGUUUGAAGCUCAUCAGGAAGAUGCCUGUCAUUGGCCGCAAGAUCCAAGAGAAAUUGAACAAGACCAAGGAUGAUAUAAGCAAGAGCAUGUCGUUUCUGAAAGUGGACAAAGAGUAUGUGAAAGCUCUGCCAUCCCAGGGUCUGAGUCCAGCUGCCGUCCUGGAGAAGCUCAAGGAGUACAGCUCAAUGGACUGUGGCUGGCAACAAGGACGAGCCUCAGGAACAGUGUACAAUGGGGAAGAGAAGCUCACAGAGCUGCUGGUGAAGGCUUAUGGAGAUUUUGCAUGGAGUAACCCCCUGCAUCCAGAUAUCUUCCCAGGACUCCGAAAGAUAGAAGCAGAAAUUGUUAGAAUAGCUUGUUCCCUUUUCAAUGGAGGCCCUGAUUCCUGUGGAACUAUAACCUCCGGUGGGACCGAAAGCAUAUUGAUGGCCUGCAAAGCUUAUCGGGACCUGGCAUUAGAGAAGGGGAUCAGAACUCCCGAAAUUGUGGCCCCCAUGAGUGCCCACGCUGCGUUUGACAAAGCUGCCAAUUAUUUUGGGAUGAAGCUUAUCCGAGUUCCCCUGAACAAAAUGAUGGAGGUGGACCUGCGGGCCAUGAAAAGAGCCAUUACCCGGAACACGGCCAUGCUCGUCUGCUCUGCUCCGCAAUUCCCUCAUGGCGUGAUAGAUCCUGUCCCUGAAGUGGCCAAGCUGGCUGUCAAAUACAAAAUACCUCUACACGUAGAUGCUUGUCUGGGAGGCUUCCUCAUUGUCUUCAUGGAGAAAGCGGGGUACCCCCUGGAGAAGCCGUUCGAUUUCCAGGUGAAAGGCGUGACCAGCAUUUCAGCUGACACUCACAAGUACGGCUAUGCUCCCAAAGGCUCCUCAGUGGUGUUGUACAGCGACAAGAAGUACAGAAACUACCAAUUCUUCGUGGCUACAGACUGGCAGGGUGGCAUCUACGCGUCCCCCACCAUGGCGGGCUCACGGCCUGGGGGCAUCAGUGCAGCCUGCUGGGCCACCCUGAUGCACUUCGGGGAGAGUGGCUAUGUCGAAGCUACCAAACAGAUCAUCAAAACCACUCGCUUCCUCAAGUCAGAACUGGAAAACAUCAAAGGCAUCUUUGUUUUCGGGAACCCUCAGUUGUCAGUCAUUGCCCUGGGCUCCCAUGACUUUGACAUCUACCGACUGUUCAACCUGAUGACCGCUAAAGGGUGGAACUUGAACCAGUUGCAGUUCCCACCCAGCAUUCAUUUCUGCAUCACACUCCUGCACACUCGCAACCGAGUGGCCAUCCAGUUCCUGAAGGACGUCCGGGAAUCUGUCACUCAGAUCAUGAAGAAUCCUAAAGCGAAGACUACAGGAAUGGGUGCCAUCUAUGGCAUGGCCCAGGCAACAGUUGACAGGAAUCUGGUGGCCGAGUUGUCCUCUGUCUUCCUGACCAGCCUGUACAGCACGGACACCGUGACCUCGGGCAGCCAGAUGAACGGCUCCCCCAAGCCCCGCUGA